AUGAAGAUAGAGGAAUUGAUUAUAGAUGGGUUUAAAUCCUAUGCAACAAGAACCGUCAUCUCCGAUUGGGAUCCACAAUUCAAUGCAAUUACUGGUUUAAAUGGAUCUGGGAAAUCGAAUAUCCUGGAUGCCAUUUGCUUUGUUUUGGGUAUUUCUGCAAUGACUACAGUAAGAGCUUCUUCUUUACAGGAUUUGAUUUAUAAAAGGGGUCAGGCAGGUGUCACUAAAGCCAGUGUUACUGUCGUUUUCGAUAAUUCUGAUAAAUCUAACUCACCAAUUGGUUUUACAAACUCUGCAAAGAUUUCUGUAACUAGACAAGUUAUGCUAGGUGGUAGUUCAAAAUAUCUCAUCAACGGUCAUAGGGCUCCGCAACAAUCCGUUUUGCAAUUAUUCCAGUCGGUUCAACUUAAUAUUAACAAUCCCAAUUUCCUCAUUAUGCAAGGUAAGAUUACGAAAGUCUUGAAUAUGAAACCGAAGGAAAUAUUGUCACUUAUUGAGGAGGCCGCUGGUACCAAGAUGUUUGAGGACCGGAAGGAUAAAGCUGAACGUACAAUGGCAAAGAAAGAGGCCAAAUUAGAAGAGAAUAGAGCAUUACUAGUUGAGGAAAUUGAACCAAAACUGGGAAAACUACGAAGUGAGAAGGAGAUAUUUAUCAAGUUCCAAGAAACCCAAUCUGAGUUGGAAAAAACCGAACGGGUCGUUUACGCGUUCGAUUAUCAUAACAUGAUUAACAAAAGUAGUUCUCUUAAACAACAUUUGAAUUCAAGCAACAAACGCUCUGAGCAACUCAAGGAACUCAUAUCGAGAACGUCCGACGAGAUCUCAAGUCUGAAUGAAGAUCUCGAGGAAACAAAGAGGAAUAAACAAAAGGAGAUCGAUGAGCAAGGUACACUCGCGAAUUUAGAAGAACGAGAGGGUCAGUUAUUGAACGAAAUUUCAAGAAUCCAGACGCAGCUGGGGAUUUGCAAGGACAAUUCAGAUGAUACGAAACAAAAAUUAAGCGAUGCAAAGGAGUAUAUCAAGAAAUGCAGUGCCAGCCUUGAGACUAAAUCAGUAAGCUAUAAAAAGACUGAAGAAGAAUAUCAGAAGCUAAACGAUGCUCUCGAGCAAUUAAAGGGCACACACAAGCAAAAAGAGGAAUUGCUUUCGACAUUACAAACUGGUAUAUCUUCAACAGGUGCCACGGAUGGAGGCUAUAAUGAACAACUCAUCUUGGCCAAGCAAAGUCUCAAUGAAUGUGAGCUUUCAGUAAGGAAACUCAAUUUGAAAAUUGAUCAUCUAAAGAAAGAGCACACAUUGAACGUUCCAAAAUUGCAACAAGCUGAGAGCGAACAUGCAGAGAGUUUAAAACAUGUUCAAAAAUGUCAAAAGUCUUGUGAUGAACUUCAGAAAAUAAUCACGAAAUUUGGUUAUGACGAGACUCUUGUGGAGAGUUUAAAACAAGAGGAAAAUAAUUUAAGGCAUGAAAUCUCAAGGCUGAAUAACGAGUCUUCCUACUUAAGACGGAAAGUAGCAAAUGUUGAUUUUACGUAUUCCAAACCAACACAUGAUUUCAAUCCGAGAUCUGUGAAAGGUGUUGCAGCGCAACUUUUUACUUUGGCCGAGGAUAAUUACGACAGUGCUACAGCGUUGCAGGUUUGUGCAGGUGGCAGGCUUUAUAAUGUCGUGGUGGAUAAUGAAAGAACUGCUUCGCAGUUGCUUGAAAAGGGUAGGUUACGUAAACGUGUCACCAUUAUUCCCUUGAAUAGAAUCGCUGCCAGGGCUCUCAAUAGUCAAACACUUCAAUUGGCUCAAAAGACUGCACCAGGUAAAGUUGAAUUGGCAUUGAACUUGGUAGGUUACGAAGAGGAAGUUUCGAGAGCUAUGGAAUUCAUUUUCGGGAACAGUCUAAUCUGCAAAGACGCAGAGACAGCGAAAAAGAUUACAUUCCAUCCUCAGAUACGGACCAGAAGUAUCACUCUACAAGGUGAUGUUUAUGAUCCGGAAGGUACUCUUUCUGGUGGUAGUAGGAACAAUACCUCCUCGCUUCUGAUCGAUGUUCAAAAGUAUAACAAGACAGCCAAACGAAUCGAGGAGCUUGAGCUCAAAUUAAAGUCAAUCACGAGGGAUCUUGAAGAGCAAGAGAGCAAACUUCAAAAGACCAGGAGUGUGCGCAAUGACUUGAAUCUAGCCACACAUAAACUAACACUGGCACAAAGAAGCCUUGAAAGUAACCAAGCUGCACAUAUCAUAAGAAAAAAUGAAGAACUUAUCAAAGAGAUAGAUGAGAGUCAGAAAGAAAUUGCUUCGAAACGUUCAUCCAUAUCUGAUUGCGAGAAGGAAAUACAACGUAUUCAAACUGAUAUUCAAGAGUUUAGUACCGAUAAGGGAUCCAAGUUGAAGCAAUUGAAGGAUGAAGUGAGCAAACUGUUCAAAGAAAUUGGGAUUCUAGAGACCAAAGUUGAAUCUAAAUAUGACUCAUAUCAAACGUUUCAGCUUGAUACAGAGCAGCUUGCGGGUGAAAUUGCUUCAGGAAAUGAUACUGUCAAACAGCUAUCUGAACUGCAGCAAACACUUGAAGGUGAAAGACGUAGCCUGGAGGAGAAUUUGGGCAUGAAUCAAACAGAGUUGGACAAUGUUCAGGUGGAACUAAAGGCAGAGCAGAGUCGUCUCGUCGACAUCAACGAAGAGCUGAAAGAGUUGGACACUGUGAUAAAGACCAAGACUGAAGCAAAAAAUAACUACGAGCUGGAACUACAGAAAUUGAGUAACGAUUUAAACAAGUUCAAGAACAACUCAAGCAGCAUUUAUGAGAAGAUCUCUUCUCUAGAACAAGAGCAUGACUGGCUGAAGGAUGGAGCCCUGGUGGCUGGUAUCAUACAGCAGAGUGGGGAAGUGAAUUUGGAGCAGAUGAAAAAACGCGUCGAACACCUCCAGAAACAAUUCCAGGAUAUGAGAAGGAAAGUCAAUCCAAACAUUAUGAGUAUGAUAGAGAGUGUGGAAAAGAAGGAGGCGGCUUUGAAAGCGAUGAUCGAUACAAUUGAGAAAGACAAGGUUAAAAUUCAAGAAACUAUACACAAAUUGAAUGAAUACAAAAAAGACACAUUAAUCAAGACGUGGAAGAAGGUUACAGUGGAUUUUGGACAAGUCUUUGCAGAUUUGUUACCAAACUCAUUUGCAAAACUUGUACCCUUAGAAGGCAAGGAAGUUACUGAGGGUCUAGAGUUCAAAGUAAGAUUGGGAAGUAUCUGGAAGGAAAGUCUCGUAGAGCUGUCAGGUGGUCAACGUUCGUUAAUUGCACUAUCUCUGAUCAUGGCACUUCUUCAGUUUAGGCCGGCGCCAAUGUAUAUCUUAGAUGAAGUUGAUGCGGCUCUUGAUCUCAGUCACACGCAGAACAUCGGCCACCUCAUUAAGACAAGAUUUAAAGGUUCGCAGUUCAUAGUAGUAUCAUUGAAGGAGGGGAUGUUUACCAAUGCGAACAGAGUAUUCAGAACGAGGUUCCAAGAUGGUACUUCUGUUGUCAGCAUAAUGUAA